AUAUCUCUUUCUAUCUAUUGACAUUAAGUGAUGUUGCAGCUUCCUCUUCCCACUUCUGCAACUCUCACAGCAAAGCUUCCCAUCCUCCGAUUGGUUCGCAGUUGCCAGAACCCUCCAUUGAGGUUUCCUUCAAGUGCUCCUUUGAGUGUGUUCAUAUCCAAUUCACAGAAACCUGAAAAUCCCAAUGUAUUCCCCCCAGUGAAUCAGAGUGUAGCAGCAAUUGUGUUUGGGGAUGGAUCAGAGUCAAGGCUUUACCCAUUGACAAAGAAGAGAUCAGGAGGUGCUGUUCCAAUAGCCACAAAUUACAGGCUCAUUGAUGUGGUUGUGAGCAACUGCAUUAACAGUAACAUAAGCAAAAUAUAUGCUCUUACACAAUUUAACUCCACCUCUCUUAAUUCUCAUCUCUUCAGAGCUUAUUCUGGUUUAAGCUUAGGAAAAGAGGGUUUUGUGGAAGUUAUAGCUGCAUAUCAAAGCUCUGAAGGCCUAGGCUGGUUUCAGGGAACUGCAGAUGCCAUUAGAAGAUGCUUGUGGGUAUUGGAAGAGUAUCCAAUUCUUGACUUUCUGGUCCUCCCUGGUCACCACCUCUACAGGAUGGACUACCAAAAACUUAUAGAGGCCCACAGGAACAACAAUGCCGACAUCACAAUUUCUGUUUCUUGUGCUUUAGGGAAUCGGGACCCUGGUUUUGGCUUUCUGAAAGUCAAUUCUAAAAAUCAAGUUCUUGAAUUCAGUGAGAGGCCAGAUAGAGAGCCAUUGAAUUUCAUGACAGCAGAAGACUCAAUGAAAUCCAGUAACGAUGCUUAUCCUUAUGUUGCUAGUAUGGGGAUCUAUGUAAUCAAGAGAGACAUAAUGACAAAGCUCCUAACAGAGUUCUUCCCCAAGGCUAAUGAGAUCACAAAUGAAAUAAUACCAGGAGCUAUUUCCAUGGGAAUGAAGGUUCAAUCGUACAAAUUUGAUGGGUAUUGGGAAGAUAUGAGGAGUAUUGAAGCAUUCUAUCAAGCCAACAUGGAUGUCACAAAGAGAUCAACUUUGGGAUUUAACAGCUUCUACGAUAAAGAUUCUCCACUAUACACUUUGCCGCGGUGUCUCCCUCCUACUGUGAUCACUGAUGCCGACGUAACAGAUAGUGUCAUUGGAGAUGGCUGCAUUCUCAAUAGGUGCAAGGUCAAGGGUUCAGUUGUUGGCAUGCGAACAAGGAUUGAAGAUGGAGCUGUGAUUGAAGAUUCAGUGCUUAUGGGUUCUGAUAUUUAUCAAGAAGAUUGGAUACAAAGGUGUAAAAUGGUUGGAAAGAGUGAUGAAAUACCAAUUGGGAUUGGGAAAGAUUCUUACAUUAGGAAAGCUAUUGUAGAUAAGAAUGCUAGGAUUGGGAAAAAUGUACAGAUUGUGAAUAAAGAGAAUGUUCAAGAAGGAAAUAGGGAAGCUGAUGGAUUCGUUAUUAGUGAGAGGAUUGUAAUUGUUUUGAAGAGUGCAAUCAUCCCUGAUUGCAGCAUCAUUUAAGGCUGAUCAGUCUCACUCACAGAUUCAUUAUUUGUAUUCUUUUCUUAGAAUAAGAGAAAUGUACAACUUCUUUUUCUUC